GCCGAGUGCCGAGUGCAGUCAGUGAGUGCCGUGGCCUGUCGGUGUGUGCUUGUGUCGUGCUGUGCUAGUAGUGGUGUUGGUGUUAGCCAGAGCUGUCUCCUUGCCGCGACGCGCGACCCGCGACAGUCGCCGACGCGAUUAUUUGUGUUGCCGCGACAACCGAGAUCUGUUGUGUCGAUAGGCAGUGAUGCGCGCGUGUCGCUUUAUUGCUACUGCUCUUGGUUUUUGCUAAUGCUGUUGGAUUGAUAGGAUUUAUUUUUCACGAGGAUAUGAUAUGGGUCUCAUCAUAUUCAAUGACAAUAUUGUGGUUUUUCGAAAAGAGAUGAUUAUGGUGGGGUGAUGAUGACUCCGCUGUGGGUGGAGUCGCGGGCCUGGCUGGUGACGGGGGCGGGUGCACCCCUGGCGGCCGUGGUGCUCUGCUGGGCGGUGCUCGUGCUGCGAUGCAGCCAUGGCAGCACCAACCACUGGCGCCGUCCCCUCGAUCCGCUGCUAGUCGCGCUCCUAGUCGAGGCCGUUCUACACCAGGUGGCAGCCUCGCUGCACGCGGGCCUGGCGCUGUUGCGACCCGAGUCGGAGGUGUGGUGUUCGCUGCUGGCCUGGCUUCUGCAGGCUGUCCGGACCAUGCAGGCCGGCACUCUGACGUCACUGGCCCUGGCUCGCUGCUUCAGGCAUCGGCCUCUGCUCGUCUACCACCUCAUCUGCCUCGCCGUGCUCAGCUCGUCGGUCGGAGUUGCCGCUGUCCUCGCACGAGUCAGGCCCUGUCACGCUGAAAGCGAUCGCAGGUACAUAGUGUUCUGGCUGGGGCUACACACUUCUCUGGCGGUUGGUUCGGUGGUGGCGCUGUUCUCGACCUGCUGUCGGCUGACGUCAUCAGCAUCCUCGUCGGCGUCGACGUCCGACUGUCGCGUGCAUCGACGCCAGCUGCUCAACUCGUCUUCGGAUCUGUCGUCCGCACUGUCCGACAUCUCCAUGAUAUCGACAAUGCGCUCGCGCAGCACGCGUGUAGCGCACAGUGUGAGCGACUGCAGCGCACGAGUCACGCACAGUGUGAGCGACUGCAGCGCGCGGGCACGCAGGUGUCUGGUCGAGGAGUUGCUGCGAAUCUCGCCGGCCAACGAACAAGGUGGCAGCCCGCCGAUCACCUACCUGGACUCGGGCCCGGACACGAGUCGCCUGCACUACAGCAGCUCGUUUGUGGAGUCUGGCAGUGAGGACUUGGAUUACGGUGCCAUCGCUGAGCCGUGCUACGGGUCAACCACCAACUCGGCCUCAUCCACCAAUAGCCGCGCGCCUUGUCUGCACAAUUCCGGCACAAGCGUCCGUCAGGAGCUGCCUCUCUGCACUGUCCUCUCCGUGCUUGGCCUCUGCUACUUUGUCAACCAUAUUCCUGUACUGGUGCUGACGGUGCUAGUGAACUACUUUCCGUGGGUGAUGGCGGCACAGCAACUGCCACUGGAGUACGUGCCACUGUGGUGUGGCCUGCUGGAGGGAUUCCUACUGCCGCUGGUGCUGGCACUUGCCGACAAGGCCUUCCAGAAGAGGGUGGCAGCCGUCUACACCCGCCACAGACCCAGCGACAUAUCCAAGCCUCUCCAAGGUCUUCAUGGCAAGUUCAGGCCGUUCAAUAACAGCCUCCUUGAUUGCCAAAGGCCUACGACUGAAACCGUGAGGUUCCCACUCACCAAUGGAUCCCUUUUCACCAGUCUGGACGGCAGAAUCCCCGUCAUACAUCAUUACCGGAGGUGUAAAGGUGUGAGAACUAGUGCGCUGCCGCCAUACUGCCUCAACCUGAACCUGGCGGCGCGGUUCCCGCAUUCCAUGUCGGCGGUAGCGGCGACGGGGGCUGGAGUGGUGGCGGGGGUGGCCGAUGGAGGCGGUUCUGCCUCCCAGCUGCACGCCAACCUGGUGUCUGCAGCGAGCGUGGGCGGCGACGAGUCGAACGUGUUCCGACCGAGGGAUGAGAUGGAGCGGCCGGCGGCAGUCGCGUCCACUCAGUGCCUCCUGACGCAGCGACUCAGCACGACCGACCUUCGCGGCGUCGACAACAUCCGACGCCUGCGGGAGUCGCUGUUCCUCGACGCCGAAGCGACCACGUCCGAGGACGAGGACGGCGACGAUGAGGAGGAUGACGGCGAGGCCGAGGAGCCGCUGUACGCGACGCUCUCCUCUCGCAGCGUCUGCUCAGCCACGACUGCCGCCAACGACGACUUCGAGUUCUACCAGCGUCGAUUUGUGUCGAGCAGCUCGUCCGUCGAUACUCCCCACCAUCGACAGGGUGAGAACAGACGCAAGAUGUCGUUGAGCAGCGAUGUGGAAACGUCACAGGUGCCAAUAAGACAGCAGCAGCCGCUGUACAGGCAGCAGCCAGUGGCCGGGGGGCGGCGACGCCUGGGAGUGCCCCCGACGCCGCCUCCGCCGCGACGCCUGGCGCCGGUUCUCUCGGUCGACUCGCUGGUCGCCGCCCUCAGCCACUCUGACGUCUCCUACUUGGACACCGGCGACGUCUGUCGACACUCUGCAGACAGGUCGGGCAGUGUGCCCGAUCUCAAAAAAGUAUUCUACACCGGUUUCCUAUGAGACAACUACUGUCAUCUCCACAGGCAAUAGUAUAAUCUAUUGCAUACGUAGUAGGCUACAAGUUUCAAUUUUAUUCUUUUGUCUUUGAUGCAACUCACUAGUAUUACGUAGCUUAAUCGAGAGAAACAAGAUAGAAUAUUAGCCGAGUCAAGAGAAAUCAAGAGAGUUUGAUAUUAGGUUGAUAAUUCUGAAAUACUCUCGAUGUCAAGCAUAUAGAUAGAUGUUUAAUGUAGAAGUGUCAUUUAAUCUAUAAUAUUAUGACAAGUUACUCUCAGAGUCAAGCGGAUGGAUUGAUUUGAUCUAUAAUUUCAUGUUACAGAAUAAACCUGAUCAAAAGUCAGGAUAAUGUAUUGAUAAAUAUUAUCAUAAUAGACUGGAUUUAGAUACAAAGAAUGUUUUGGGCUAAUGCCUGUUUUAUCAUUCCAUCAUUGUAGUAUGCUUGUGAUUCGAUAAUGAUUGAUGAGAGGGACUCAUACUCAUUACAAUUAGGUGCGGAUUUAUCUAAUAUUUUUCGUACGGUAUUGAUUUGUUUUCGUGUCAAAAUUCUUUAAAAUCCAGUUGUUAAAUAAACGUUUUUGAUUUUUUUGCGGAGGGUCAUUACCUUACAAUCUCUAGACUUUGCUGUGAAUAAGAUGUUAAUCGACCUAACAUCACUUGAAUUGGCAGCUCUUCAUUCAUAUUCAAAGAAUUGUCAUUUACCCAGUUUAAAAAUCCAGAAGUGAUUUAUUAUAAUGCUUCUGGAAAGAAUGUCCUUCCUUAUGUAAUAAAUAAAGGCUCUUCUUUACUUUGAAUCAAUUAAACAUCAUCAACCAGGACUUUCUUGAAAUUAUUAUUGGGAGUUAUAGUUUUUUAUCAGGCAUAAUACACAUAGUAGCCGAUACAGUAUUAGAGAACUAUUGCCUUCAUAUAGUGCCUUUAUAAUCUAUUGUAUUAAUGCUUUAAUCAGCUCUUUAUUUUUUACUGUAGGCUAUACUAGGUUUUACAUGUUUUCAUUGUUUUAAGAGGCGUAGAGAAAAAUAAUGAUGGAUUUUAAACGAUUAGCAACCUGAAUAGGUCAGAAAUGUUGUACCUUGACAAACCAAAGGCUCAAUAUGAGUGCCAAAGCUUCGAACUUUCAAGAAACAGUCCUUGUGGAAGUUUUUAACUAAUUUAUGUAUCAUAUGUGUGUUUAGCUUUAUUCUCUGAAUGUACUAUUCACUAUAAUCUGUAUUAUAAGAAUACUAAAAGUUUUUUCUUCAAUUUAUUUCCUCGAAAAUCUAUUGAUUCGACCUAUUGUAUUUAACAGUAUUUGUAUUGUGGAAGGUACGGUACCUGUGACAGAAAUGAUGUUCUCCAUUUUACUUAUAAGCAUGAAUAGUUUAUUCAAUUCAGAAUAUAAUAUUUUAAUGAAGAUCGAUAUUAUAUUAUGACACGUCGACUAUUGAAAAAUGUUGUAUGUUGUAAGUGUAUUUUUUUAUGUUCCAAUUUAUGUUAUUAACGUUCCGGUAGUCGCGCUCUACUCUAACACACGAGCAGUCGUGUUUUGUACAGCAUUCAAGUUUCCAAGUGUUAUUUACUCUGUUUACUGUCAAAACAUAUUAAUUAAUUGUAUAAUUACUUUCUCCAUCUUCUUGGAUUAUUUCACGCCUAUGAACAUUUGAAUAAUUACCAUUUCAUAUCCCAAUAAGGUAAGCAAGCAAAGCCAUCAAUUUUGUGUUAUUGGAUCGUUUACAGUAUUUCCCUAUCUUAUGCACAGUGCGACUUAUGCACUGUCGCGACUAAAUGGCACUUAAAGACUGAACCAUUGCUCGGUUGAUACUGCAACUCAGUGGAGUGAUGGGGGGAAAGUUUUGUGCAGCAAAAAACUGACACUGUUGUACUUUUUACAACAGCGCGUCUUCCGGAAGGUUAAUAUACAUUGUAUACAUAGAACAAUAUUGUGCCUUUUACUAUCUCAUCAUCGAUCGAAUACUUUUGUUUUAUUUUAAAACAUCAUAAAAAUAUUUUCUUUUUCAAACAUGGUAACAAUACCAUUUCUUUUGUAAGAUUCGUUCAUUAUCAUCGCUCAGUAUUAUGUAAAUAUGAGUAUUGUAAAUAAUACUAAAUAUUGUAUGUAUUCAUUAAAAAACUCAUUGUUAGAAAUAA